GGGGCCCAAGAUGGCCACCAGCCGCUACCGGCGAUUUCUUAAGCUGUGUGAGGAAUGGCCGGUGGACGAGACCAAACGGGGCCGGGACUUGGGUGCUUACCUGCGGCAGCGGGUAGCACAGGCCUUUCGGGAGGGAGAAAAUACGCAGAUUGCAGAGCCCGAGGCCUGCGAUGAGAUGUACGAGAGCUUAGCACAGCUCCAUUCAAAUUACUACAAACACAAGUACCCGCGCCCCAGAGAGACCAGCUUCAGCGGCCUAUCCCUGGAAGAGUACAAGCUGAUCCUGUCCACAGAUACCUUAAAAGAGUUUAAGGAAAUGAACAAAGGCAUGUGGAAGAAACUGCAGGAGAAGUUUGCCUCCCAGAGUCCCGAGGAGAAGCAUAAGGCCUGGGUGCGGGCCUUAUCCCGCCCACCAACCUAGUGUGCAGUCCCUUCAGUUGCCCUUGUCAAUAAAGCCAUUAACCUCCCAGCCUGGGAGCCACGUC